UAACUCGCUAAUUGAACACUUAGUGUAUAAGUACGCGCUGAUAAUAGACUAGUUAUACAUCUUUGGAGCCCUACUCGCUCUAUUCUUACCUAGCAAGGUCGCGACAACCUCGGAAUUUUAUGUUUUGAUUUGAGCGACGCAAAACAGCAAAUCUUUUACCAGAAUCUGAUACAAUGCCACUUUCUACCAAAGUGCAUGUGCCUGCAGAUAUAGAAAUUGAUGACGAUUCCACAAAUGAUAGUGACAAUUGUAUGGAAUCAACUAGUGGUGAUUUUCUCAGUGAUUAUGAUGAUUUAAAUCCCACCCCAAUAGCUACCCAGACCGAAAAUGAUAUCAUUAAUGAAAUUAAAGAAUUGUGUUCCGGUGCAGACAAAGCGUUAUUCAUUAAAAGACUAUGCGACCACCAAGAUGUAGACGGAUAAGUUCAUUCCAGAGAUGCUUUAUUUGAUUAUGCACGAAUCAAUCGCAGCAAUGCCAUGCCACCAGGUGCGCUUAUUCGUCGUCUACCCAGUAGGAAAAACAAACAAACAAGCACUUCUGUUAAAGAAAAGCUGGCAUGUGAUAUAUAUCAUCUUUUCCAUUUCAUCAAUGGAGCUUCUAACCUGUCGGAUAUUAAGACACUGUUAAAUCCUAAGGCAAAGACAAACAGAAAAUCAGUUGUUCACAACCCUAUCGAUGUUACAAUGAGACACAAAAACAGUGAUGACCAACUAGCAAUUAUACUUAAAAACGUUCUUGAACUCAAAUCUAACGUUGCAACUGAAAUCAAUGAACUCAAGGCUGAAAUCGCAAAGUCUACAAAAUCAAAAGUAAAAGAACUCAAUAAUGUAAUUGAAAUAAAGCAGAAUGAACUUAACAGAUGCAAGGAUAGCGAACAGAAGUUAAAAAAUGACUUAAAGAUAGCGAAGGCAAAAAUCAAUGAUCAACAAGCAGACAUAAACAAACUCACAACAGAUAUCAAUGAAACAAAAACAAAGCUUUUAAAGCAAAUCCAGACAAUACAAAACAAAGUAAGCGCAUUGGAAAAGUCCUCUUCUCGCAGUGUAGCUAUCACAAUGAAUCAAGAGCAACUUCCAAGCUCAAACAACGAUAAUGUGCAAGAUAGGUCCAGGUCUUUAAGUGGCCCCCCAAAUACAAGCGGUAGCUUGAAUAACACAUCAGCUGUACCCACAAGUGUGUGGGGAAUACCCUUAAAUCCUCCCACUGUACCCACUGGAGCCAACAAAUGUUCUGCUUCAAGUACAAAGGAUAUUUCGAAUGUUCCCGCUACGCCCAUUACGCUUAGUGCUUCUAGCACAUGCAGCGCACCAACUGCUACCUGUACUUCUGCAGUUAAAACCAAUAGUGGGGCAGUCACCUGUAGCGCAUCCGAUGUUUCUAUUGAAUGCAGUGCAUCUCAUACACCCACCAUGUCCCAAGCAGCUACUAGCAAGAAUACAAGCAUCGCACGCAAUAUUCCUGUAAGGUGUAGCGCACCAAAAUCUACUUCUUUAAGCAACGCACGUGACACAGCUACGCGCACUACAUCGUCCGGUGGUACCGACAGGACAAGUACCGAUAUUCGACAAUCCCAGAUGUGGCCCCAUCGCCAAGCCAUAACAAAAGCUAACUUGGAUGCUGAUAAUGCCAGUUGCAAUAGUGAUGAUGACUUUGUCGGAGUACGUGUGCGUAGAACACGAACAAAAAAGAUUGUUCUUGCUCAUGUCAAAUCACAACCAUACAACACGCUUCGAAAGCACCUUGUUAAUUAUGCACUUAAAGGGGUGUAA